AUGACGACUUCUGUCUUAGCAAACACGCUGAAGCUAGCGACGGAGUACCCGGUUACGGCAUUGGGUACGGUCUUCCUGCUAUACUUGAUCUCCCUUGCCGUCUACCGGCUGUUCCUACAUCCUCUGGCUGGAUACCCGGGGCCCAAGAUCGCUGCUCUCUCCGUCUGGUACGAGUUCUUCCACGAUGGUAUCCGGAAGGGACGUUAUACCUUUGAGAUCCAGCGCAUGCACGAAAAGUACGGACCCAUUGUUCGCAUCAGUCCGGAUGAACUGCACGUAAACGACCCUGGUUUUAUCAGUGAGCUAUAUUCCGGCCCAGGUAAACGGCGAGACAAAUACCCCUUUUACAGCGCCCAGUUUGGGCUUCGUGAUAGUGUAGGGGGUACCCCCGGCCAUGACCUGCAUCGUCUACGCCGCAAUGCUCUAAGUCAUUUCUUCUCAAAGGCCGCCAUCACUAAAUUAGAGCCUAUCAUCCAGCAAAAGGUUGAGAAACUAGCAAGCCAGCUUGAGAGACAUGCAGAGACUAUAGGACCAGUUACCCUGACCACGGCCUUUAGCUGCAUGACGACCGAUGUCGUUACCGAGUACGCCUUCGCCAAAAGCUACAAUUUCCUUGACUCCCCUACCUUUGAGCCAAAUAUUCACGAUGCCAUCUCUGCCGGGAGUCUCAUAGCAGUAUGGCAGAAGCAGUUUCCAUGGAUCUUACCCACCAUAAAUGCCUUGCCACAGUGUCUGCUACGAUACAUCAGCUCACAAGCAGCAGAGUACGCCAAGUUCCAGCAGGACAUGCGCGUAGAGCUUGCUAAUGAGAAGGCUAAAAUUGCUCGGGGGGAAAAGCCAGAAUCUGCAUCCCGUACAAUCUUUUAUGAGCUACUCACCGGCCCUUUGCCUGAGGAAGAGAAGCGGCUCAAUCGGAUUUGGCAGGAAGGCCAACUUGUUGUUGGCGCCGGGACAGAGACCACUGCAUGGGCAUUAACAGCUACUCUUUUCUAUAUCCUUGACAACCCGGAGAUCCUGUCCAGGCUACGGCAGGAGUUAAGCGUUGCUAUACCCGAUCCUAACCAACGCGUGAGUUGGACUGAGCUCGAGAACAUUCCAUAUUUAAAUGCAGUAAUAUCCGAAGGCUUCCGUCUCUCAUACGGCUUAAGCACAAGAUUGCAGCGCAUCAAUCCGGUUGGGCCCAUGCAUUUCAAGGCACCGAAACAUGGAAGUCGGUAUGCUAAUUCUGCUAAAACCACUGAGUGGGUGGAGUUUGAUAUUCCAAAGGGGACGCCGGUCGGAAUGACUGCUGUCUUGGUACAUCUCAAUCCGGACAUCUUUCCAGACCCUUACACUUUUAGGCCGGAGAGAUGGCUCGAUGAACAUGGCAAACGCCAUAGGAGGCUAGAUGAGUUCUUGUUAAAUUUCUCAAAGGGCAGCCGACAAUGUCUUGGAAUCAAGUAUGUUCAGCGAAAAUAUUCACACAAACUCUUUGUUCUUAGCCUCGCUUGCUAA